AUGGAUUUUACCAAGUCCCCACGAAUAGAGUGUCCUCUGUGGGACAAACUCCAGGCAGAGGAAGAGAGUGAGAGGAGAAGAGCUUUCCAUGUGAACAACUUUGACAGGAUGAUCAGUCUUACUGAGGAGGGCAAGCUUUGGAAAUUCCCCAUCAAUAACGAUCAAGGUUGGACAGAAGAAGAGGAUGUGUCGUUUGGUGAACAUGUAUUUCUCGACCCCCUUAUUGAGGAUUUUCCGAAGAAAGGACCGGUGAGACAUUUCAUGGAGCUUGUGACGGCAGGUCUGUCUAAAAAUCCGCACAUGACAGUGAAGGAGAAACACGAUCAUAUAAACUGGUAUCGCACAUACUUCAUUGAGAACCAAGACUUAAUGCGAGAGGAAUUAGGAGAGGAACACGGCACAAUCAGAGAACCCCAUCAGCCUGUGUAAACAGUCGCGGAGAAGGCGUGAUACUCCAUCAGCCUGUGUAAACAGUCGCGGAGAAGGCGUGAUACUCCAUCAGCCUGUGUAAACAGUUGGGGAGAAGGCGUGAUACUCCAUCAGCCUGUGUAAACAGUUGCGGAGAAGACGGGGGUGGUCUGUGAAUUUAACAAGCAGUGUAAAUGGUGUGUUGUGGCAAAGGUGGGGUUAGUUUGUGAAUUUUACAAGCUGUGUAAAUGGUGUGUUGUGGCAAAGGCGGGUUAGUUUGUGAAUUUCACAAGCUGUGUAAAUGGUGUGUUGUGGCAGUGGCGGGGUUAGUUUGUGAAUUUCACAAGUUGUGUAAAUGGCGGUUGAGAAGGUGGGGUUAGGUUAGUCAGUCUGAAAAUUUCAUAGACUGAUUUCUUUCAUAAAUAAAUAUGUUAAAAUGUAUGUUCAAGUUGAUGUCAUUGAAUUUGUUUUGUGUGUUCAUAUUAA